GGCGGCGACGGCGGAGGAAACAGCGUGAUAUGCUGGAGUAGUUGAACAUACCCGAUUAUCAGCACUGUCAGACCAGAGUUUGUAAAAUUACCACAAUGUUGCUGUAGGACUUGCUUUGAUAUAACUAUUACACCAACAUUUGACAUAUUCCCCGCGAGAAUAUUCAUCUUCUAAUUGAGGAGAAGGAAAUCUCACCGGGAGCAUGGCUUCGCGCAGUAACCAGUAUAUUUUUGGGGAGUUCAGCCCAGAUGAAUUCAAUCAAUUCUUUGUGACUCCCCGCUGUUUUGUGGAGCUUCCCCCAUUCAAUGAUAAAGUGUCCUGCAUCAGCCACUCCUCAGGAAGUUACUGCACUCCUGCUGUGCCUUACAUUACGGAGUCAAUGAGACGGCAGGUUUGCGGGGAAGACUUCCAGCACAUUGAGUUUGGCGUGGACGAGGUGAUGGACUCUGAGCCUGUCGGGGUUAAUCCCAUGUACAAAGUGUCCAGCACCCUGAACCCCCAGGCCCCAGAGUUCAUCCUGGGCUGCCAGCCUUCCCAGAAGGCCAUGCCUACAGCCAUGCCAGAGCCGGACGUCCCCGACGGCACAGACUUCAACUCCAUGGACUGCCAGGACUCUGAGCCCUCUGCUAUGGACAGCGCCCAGGCCUGCCAGGAGAUGGACGGUAUGGGUGGCAGCUUGGGUCAGCGUGAGCGCAAGAAAAAGAAAAAGCGCCCGCCGGGAUACUACAACUACCUGGAGGGCUCGGGCGGGAGCCACAGCAGCGGUGCGAUGUCGGAUGGGCCCCUGAGCUCGGGAUUGGUGAACGGACACUCGCUCGGCACCCCCAGCCUGACCUCGGAGGACACGAGCCCCGAGGGGCUGUCAGGGGCUGAACUUGGCACCCCGAGUCCGACCACCACCCCCAGUGUAGCCUCCGCGACCACCACCACCACACCUACAGCGGCUCCUGCCCAUCAGAGGACUUGUGCCAGCCCUGAUGAAUCUGGGGCUGAUGAAUCCGGGGCUGCCUCCUCCUCCUCAGACGGCAACAACGCUGCCUCGUCGUCGUCGUCCUCCUCUUCCUCCUCCUCUCAGAGUGGCGCAGUGGCAGAUGGGCGCAGGACUGCAGAGCAGCCGGCCGAGAGGCCUGAACUGCUGGUGGGCGGUGGGCACAGCCCCUGCCCCACCUCCCCACCCCCCCUGCUGGCUGAUGCAGCCAGCCCCCUUGCAGCUGCCACUGCCGCUACUACUGAAGAGAAGGAGGAGGAGGUCACAGACAGUGGGGUAGCCAAUGGGCUGGCUGGGCCCGGCUCUGCAGAUGGACACGAGGAUGACUCCGGGGCAGGGGCGCCACAGAGCUCCCCCGCCUUAGCAGUGCCCCCUGCUGGUGCCCAGCCACUGGCGGAGCAGCCUGCUGCGCCAGCGGCACCAACUGCGCCAGUGGCACCCUCUGCCAACCCGCCCAAGUCCUGGGCCAGCCUUUUCAAGAACUCCAAGCCUCUGCCAGGGGGCCCGCAGGCCUACGUGGAGGUGAAGAACGUGCCUGCAGUGACGGCUUCGUCUCCGGCUGCAGCUGAGGUGCCUGAGAAGGCUGGAGAGGUCCGGGAGAGCCCUGUCCCCAUGUCAGAGGACCCAAUGGCCCCCAAACUGGCAGAACUUAUUGAGAAUGUGAAAUUGAUACACAAACCAGUGUCUUUGCAACCCAGAGGACUGAUCAACAAGGGAAACUGGUGCUAUAUCAAUGCUACCUUGCAGGCCCUGAUUGCAUGUCCCCCCAUGUAUCAUCUGAUGAAGUCUAUCCCCUUGUUCAGUGAAACCCAGAGACCAUGCACAUCGACACCCAUGAUGGAUAACUUUGUUCGGCUCGUGAAUGAAUUCAGUAAUAUGCCUGUGCCCUCUAAGGCUAAACUGCAAGGUGCCGGAGAAAAAGUCAUAAAAGACAUUCGGCCUGGUGUCCCUUUCGAGCCCACCUAUAUUUACAGACUCCUCACACUCAUCAAAUCAAGCCUCUCUGAGAAGGGGCGGCAGGAGGAUGCGGAGGAGUACCUGGGAUUCACCCUGAACGGCCUGCACGAGGAGAUGCUGGCACUGAGAAAGCUCAUCUCUCCAACGGAAGAGAAAGAAUCGACGCCGAACGGCCCUGACUCUCAGCAGGGACUGGCAGACGAAUCUGCUGAGAAGGACGAAGAGGAGGGCAGUGAUGAUGAGUGGGAGCAAGUGGGCCCCAGGAACAAGACCUCCAUCACCCGCCAGACAGACUUCAUCCGCACCCCAAUCACAGACAUAUUCGGAGGCCACAUCAGGUCGGUGGUGUACCAGCAGAGCUCCAAGGAGUCGGCCACCCUCCAGCCCUUCUUCACCCUGCAGCUGGACAUCCAAUCAGAGAAGAUCCGCACCGUCCAGGAAGCCUUGGAGACGCUGGUGGCACGCGAGUCCGUUCAGGGCUACACCACUAAAACCAAGCAAGAGAUUGAGAUCAGCCGGAGAGUUACCCUCGAAGAGCUGCCGCCUGUGCUGGUUCUCCACCUCAAAAGAUUUGUGUUCGAGAAGACUGGCGGUUGUCAAAAGCUGGUCAAGAAUAUUGACUACCCUGUAGAUCUGGAAAUCAGUAAAGAUCUUCUGUCUCCUGGGGUGCGGGGCAAAAUAUUCAAAGGCCAAAGAACCUACAGGCUCUUUGCAGUUGUGUAUCACCAUGGGAACAGUGCUACAGGCGGCCACUACACUACGGAUGUCUUCCACAUCGGUCUGAACGGCUGGCUGCGCAUCGAUGAUCAGGCAGUGAAGGUCAUCAACCAAUACCAGGUGGUGAAGCAGACUGCGGAGCGCACUGCCUACCUGCUGUACUACCGUCGCGUUGACCUGCUGUAGAAACCACAAGCACACACACACACACACACACACACACACACACACACACACACACAAAAGCACACCUCAGUACACCUCAACAGAAACAGAUCUACAUAAACACUCAAACAUGUACACUUACGUACGUACAUAAACACACACACACACAGAUGCUCACUAAGACACAUUCACAUUUAUUUCAACAGGAACACUGCCCAACUUCUUAUCUUGCAAGAUUUUCCCCUCCCCCCUCGCCCCCCUGCUUGUCCUGAGAGCCAGCUUUUUACCAGCGGCACCUUUUUCCUUUAAUAUUUUUUGGAAGUGAAAAAGACAUUUCUAAAAAAGUAGAGUGGGAACACUUUCCAGAGAUGGUUUACUACGGGGCGUAUGGCCCUGAGGAGUCCACGGUGCACAGCUGUGGGGACGUGGGGGGGACUGCGGGGCAGGUUGGGGUGGGGGGCUGCUUUGGGUGAGUGGGUGGGUAUGGAGGGUUUGGACAGUACGGACCCAAGACUCUUUAGACCUCAGCCUCACUCAGACUGGGCACAGUGGAUUCACUCACAGUAAGAACUCUUUACCUGGUGAGGCUGUAGCUGAUGGACUGCUGGAAAGAAGUUGAUAUUUUUUUUUCUCUUUUUCUUUGCUUUAUUUUUUUUUUUAAACAGCAUAGAAAAAUCAAAGUGUUUUGCAUUUUAGCGUGGGGAGUUGUUGGCUGAAAUUAUUUUCUUUUCUUUUCAUAUUUUAAUUUUUUUUGCAGCGGUUUAAAAAGAAACAUGAUCCUGUUGAAAAAUUUCUGACCAGAGCAUAAAUGGCCCUGCACCAGCAAAACUACCGCAAAGUUGUGUGUAGAUCUUACACGUACAAAGUCUUUCUGUCUAGCAACUUUUGAAGCAGGAUGCUACUCCUGACCGCUCACCACCACCACCUCCUCCGACUCCGACUCCUCUUCCUCCUCCUCCUCCUCCUCCUCCUCCUCCUCCUCCUCGUGACGCUGAUGCUUUCGAAACUAGGUAACACUUGAGCCAUGGAAGAGAGCUCAGGAGCGGAGGUGCUCAGGUGCGCUAAGACAAGCGGGGCUUCGUUAUUUGGCGAGAGAGCCCUGGUGUGGUUUCUGGGUGUAGAGUUUAGAAUGAUUAUCUAACAAUUUUAUUGCGCUUUAGGAAAUAAAAGAUUAAAGAUUAUAAAAACUGCUUCUGUGCACGUAAGAAAAUUGUUAAAAAGUGAUCAAUAAGAGAUGUGGAUGUGCAGAUGCACAUUUUUUGCAGAUAUGUCAAAAAAAAAGUUGAAAAAAAGAAAAAAAGGCGAAAAAAAGACAUUUUGGUGAUGGCCCUCUUUACAGCUCCCUACCGAGUGGUUGUGCUUGUUCUUCGGCUUUCUGUGUACGCAUACACUUGAGAGAGAGAGAUGACUGGCGAAGGUCUCAUCACAUCAACUUCAGAUACCCCACCCCUCCAUCUCCAAUUGUUUUUUGUUUGAUUCUAUUUAGUUUUUUUGGUCCCUGAAGUUUAGUUCUGAAUGACUGAGGUGCCAUCUGCCCACUGGGUUGGUGAUUUCUGCAGAGGCAAAACCUUAGAGGUUCUCAUCAUCCCCGUCCUCGUCCCAGAGACAGACAGCUGCCUUAGCAUUGGCACAGUUCAACGUCAGCGUGCGUGCGUGCGUGCGUGCGUGCGUGCGUGUGUGUGUGGUGAGUGUGUGUGUGUGUGUGUGUGUGUGUGUAUAACGUUCUCUGUGGAGGUUACCUCUGGUUUCUGUAGCUGAUGCCAUUUUGUUUUUCCUCUUGCGGCUCUGUUGAGGUGUUAAGAGACUGCGGCACUCAGCUUGGGAAUCACGAUUACCAAUGAUUGAAUGCGCACAAGAGGCCCAUCAUGUUUGCUUUUGUGUAGAAGUCAGUGCUUUUCAUUAAUUAUCUGAAAUAUUGGUAUUCUUUUUUUUUUUUUUUAAUACUAUUGUUUUCAAUCUCAAUAUUUCCCUCCAUAUGUUUCCCAUGAGUUAUCUUUGCCCACUCCUCACCGUCAGAUUGCUGAAUUGGUAUUUUUGGAAAAAAAAAAAGGAAAAAAAAGGUAAAGCACAAGAAUGAAUAAAGUUAUACAAGUUCUAUGCUUGAUAAAAUGUAUUUCUUUUUCAGCUUUUGCCAGUGUUUCUCCUCAAACUGGGUUCAUGUGCAAAAUGCGGGGCAUACUAUUGAUUUUUUUUUAUUCUCUUCCCCCCCCCCCCCCCAAAUAUUGUGAAGCUGCAUUUGAGGUUUUUUUUUACCCCUUUCCAAGAUGGCCGUAUACUCUAUUUAUUUUUGGAGCUGACUAGCUCCUUUCAAAUUGCUUUGUGGUUCAUGUAUCACAAUGAUGUGUACAGGCAAUGCUAACAGCUUUGUGAAGAGCUUCAGUAAUUGACACCACUUGCACACAUAUACGCACAGAAACACACACACACACACACUUGGCCAUUGAAUAAAGCAAGGUACACCAGCUUCUGGGAACAGGCCACUUGUGAAGUGGCUCUCACACUGUCCUGUCUCCAACCACAGGAACGCAGGGACGCUGUGAGCUCAUUCUUUCCCACAGUGGAAUAUAGCAGAGCAUGCAUUUCAGAUCUCACAGAUGAUCUCAUUAUGUCCGCCCCCACAGCACAUCCACACACACAAACAGUUAUUUAGACGGGGGGGGAAACAUAUCAAAUUGCUGUAGUUAUCCUGUUUUACUUCGUUCACCCAUGUUCAACUAUUGGAAGACGCUACCUUCAGCCGGACGAAUGGACAACUAACUGAUAUACUAGUGCGUUUGCAAAUGUUGCUUAUCUUAAUGAGGUCGGAAGUUUGAACUGCGCUCACUUUUGAUGCCCUUUUUUCCUUCUCGAGGCUUUGAACACCAGUUGACCUUCAAGCAUUCUAAUUUGGGUUUCUGCAUUCUGUGGACAUAAUGUGAAGUAAAACAUCCCCAAAUGAAACCAAAGUAUACGGAACUUUGUUGUACACUGACCUUUGCCUCCUUGUGAAUGAACUAAAGUAAUGGAGAAUCUUUACACUAUUACAUCAUAUAUUGUGCUCACCAGAGUCAAUUUGCCAGCCAUUAUUAUUGUCACUAUAGUGACUAUGUUGGGAAGGGGGGGGGGGGAAAGUAAGUGGACCAUAUUAAAGUAAAUGUCCUCAUAAUGUAAGUGUUGGUUCAGAUGUGCAGAUGCCUAAGUGGUCAGAACUGCUGCACUCAUGGUGUCAAAUGUUGAUUUGUUUUUUGUUUAAUUUGUUUUCUUUUCUGGGGAAAUGGUUUUUAAAAUAGAGGUUUGAACCAUGCACAAAAAGCUCUUAGUCUUGUUGUACACGUUCAGCCUCAAUUUAUUUUCCCUUUCUUUCGAUUUUUGUUACGAUCAGGAUAUGUCCUGGCGUGUAGCUUCAAUGAUGUCCUCCUGUUCACUUUGUGCUUCCUAACACUUGUGUCUGCUGAGAGCUUGAAGUGUUGGGAAAUCAACUUAAAAUACAAACUAUACUGUCUCAUCUUCAGCCUACAGCGUUAUUACUUUUUUUUUGUCAAUUGUUCAAAUAAAAACUUGUGGAGAAAAAAAAAGCUGUUUCUACUGAAGUGUAGUCAGAAGACUAUACUGUGCUUUCAAAUAUGGGGAUAUUUGAUAAUUGCAGUCUUUCCACUCUUCUGACUUCCCUGCUGAAGAAUGUGCACUGUAACCAAAAGAAUGAAAUAAAGAGAAACUGAUCUUCA